UACAGGCUCUAUAAGUAGCGCGUAACCAAGCCCUUCGGAAAUAGUCCGGUUCGUUCCUGGCGUGUGGUGUUUCUUGCAAAAAUGCCUGAUCCAGCAAAGUCGGCUCCUGCUCCCAAGAAAGGCUCUAAGAAAGCUGUUACCAAAGUGCAGAAGAAGGACGGCAAGAAGCGCAAGCGCAGCCGUAAGGAGAGCUAUUCCGUUUACGUGUAUAAAGUGCUGAAGCAGGUGCACCCGGACACCGGCAUCUCGUCCAAGGCCAUGGGCAUCAUGAACUCCUUCGUCAACGACAUCUUCGAGCGCAUCGCCGGCGAGGCCUCCCGCUUGGCGCAUUACAACAAGCGCUCCACCAUCACGUCGCGGGAGAUCCAGACGGCCGUGCGUUUGCUGCUGCCCGGCGAGUUGGCCAAGCACGCCGUGUCCGAGGGCACCAAGGCGGUCACCAAGUACACCAGCUCGAAUUCUUCUCUUUCAGGCAUUUUCCUGCCCUUUCGGAAGAAAUGGUCUUCAAAGUCACAGCCAGACUCCAGAGCUGAUUCCCCAGAGAUCAAAAUUAUCUCCUGACCAAGAACCACAUUUGGAGAAUUUAUUUUUUCAAAAUGUGUAAACCAAUUAUUUUGAGUCUUUCUUA